GCUCCCGGAAGGGGCAGGCAUGGCGGCUGUUAGGGUCCCGCCAAGCGUGUCUCUACAGGAAGCCACGCAACGAAAACUGAAGAAGUUUUCGGAACUCAGAGGCAAACCUGUGGCACCUGGAGAAUUCUGGGACAUAGUUGCAAUAACAGCAGCUGAUGAAAAGCAGGAAAUUGCUUAUAGGCAACAACUAUCAGAGAAGCUGAAAAGAAAUGAAUUACCCCUUGGAGUUCAAUAUCAUGUUUUUGUUGAUCCUGCAGGAGCCAAAAUUGGAAAUGGAGGAUCUACACUUUGUGCUCUUCAAAGUUUGGAAAAGCUAUAUCGAGAUAAAUGGAGUUCUUUUACUAUCCUAUUAAUUCACUCUGGUGGCUACAGUCAACGGCUUCCAAAUGCAAGUGCUCUGGGGAAAAUUUUCACUGCUUUACCACUUGGUAAUCCCAUUUAUCAGAUGUUAGAAUUAAAAUUAGCCAUGUACAUUGACUUCCCCUCACAUAUGAAUCCUGGAAUUUUGGUUACCUGUGCAGAUGAUAUUGAAUUAUAUAGUAUUGGAGAAUCAGAGUAUAUUAGGUUUGAUAAACCUGGCUUUACUGCAUUAGCUCAUCCUUCUAGUUUGACUGUAGGUACAACACAUGGGGUAUUUGUCUUGGAGUCUUCUAAUUGUUUAAAAUAUAGAGCCCUUGAAUACAGAUGUUGCUACCGUUUCCUUCAUAAGCCCAGUAUAGGAAAGAUGUAUCAAUUUAAUGCUGUAUGUAAACAUGGAGACUUCUGUCAACAAGACUUUGGUGGAGGUGACACUGCCUAUUUUCAUUUAGAUUCAGAGUAUGUUUACACAGAUAGUCUCUUUUAUAUGGAUUAUAAAUCAGCAAAAAAGUUACUUGCUUUUUAUGAACAAAUAGGCACACUGACGUGUGAAAUAGAUGCCUAUGGGGAUUUUCUGCAAGCACUGGGACCUGAAGCAAGUGUGGACUACACCAGAGAUACAUCAAAUGUCACUCAAGAAGAAUCAGCGUUGGUAGAUGUGAGACAAAAAAUAUUUCAUCUACUUCAAGGAACACCCUUAAAUGUUGUUGUUCUUAAUAACUCCAAGUUUUAUCACAUUGGAACAACUGAAGAAUAUUUGUUUCAUUUUACUUCAGAUAGCAGUUUGAAGUCAGAGCUUGGCUUACAAUCCAUAGCUUUCAGCAUCACUCCAGAUAUUCCAAAAGGCUCUGCUAAAACAUCCUGUGUCAUUCAAAGUAUACUAGACUCAGGAAUUUCUGUGGCACCUGGCUCUGUUAUAGAGUAUUCCAGAUUGGAGCCUGAUGUGUGCAUUGGGGAAAACUGCAUUAUUAGCAAUUCGUAUAUUGUAACCAAAGCUGUCCUGCCUGCGAAUUUGUUUUUGAGUUCUUUAAGCUUGAAGAUAAAAGGAUCCUUAAAGUAUUCAACUAUGGCAUUUGGAAUGCAAGAUGACUUGAAGAAGAAUGUGAAAACAUUGUUAGAUAUAAAGUUGCUUCAGUUCUUUGGUGUCUGUUUUCUGUCAUGUUUAGAUAUUUGGAAUCUUAAAGUUACAGAGGAACUGUUUUCAGGAAAUAAGGCAUGUUUUAGUUUGUGGACUGCUCGCAUUUUUCCAGUAUGCUCUUCUUUGAGUGAAUCAGUUACAACAUCACUAAAGAUGUUAAAUGCUGUGAAGAACAAUUCACCAUUUAAUAUGAAUAGCUUUCAGCUGUUAUCCAUUGAAGAAAUGCUUGUUUAUAAAGAUGUAGAAGACAUGAUAGCUUAUAGGGAGAAAAUUUUUCUAGAAAUUAGUUUAAAUAAAAAAUAAUUUGGAGAUAUCUUAAAUAUAUAUUUAAAUACA